UGAUUUCGAUUGAACAUUCAAUGUCAGGACUAAAUCAUGAACGCUCUAAUCUUCGUUUUAUUUUUCUGUAUAUUUGUUUCAAGGUUGGAUUUUGCGACAGCGGUUUCGGGGCCACACGCGUGCUCUAAAAGUGUACACAGAUCAAGGAAUAGAUACACGUCAUGUGGAAUUUUUGGAUGGGGACGAUGCCGUAGAACUGUUUACUACUGGGGCACAGACACGUUUUGUUGUGAAGGCUGGAAGGCGGACAACGCUGGAUCCUGUAGAAUACCAAUAUGCAGAGUAUCCUGUUAUAACGGAGGGACGUGUAUUGCCCCAGACAAAUGUCAAUGUCUUCCUUCUCAUGAUGAUGGGAGAUACUGCACCAAUGUCCAAUGCUCACAUCUACACCCGUGUUACCCUGGAGGCUGCGCAACGUCAUACAGCUGUAGUUGUAUAGAUGGAUGGCAAGGGUCAAGUUGCCUAACGUUUACGGAGGGAAAGAACAUGCCGAAACUGCUUUCCUGCGAUGUUACUUUGAAAGAUGACAGAAGAACCGAUUUAAAGAACCUUUUCUACAUGAAUGCACCCUGUGCUACAACAAAUGCGCCGAUCUGGACUAAUCAGGAGAAUUUCAAUUAUGUCCAAUUCCAACUUAAAGCCAUGUUUGAACCGAUGUAUACGAGCUACCCGUCGGCGAACUAUGUUUCCAAAUCAGGUUUCGGAAUCGUGUCAAGCAACGCCCAUAUGGUUCAUAGUAAAGUCAACAAGGACCAAAGUGGCAUCCCGUUGAUAGCUUACGAUCACAUGUUCAGAUGUCCUCAAGUGUCAAACACGAAUCCGUUGUUUGAUUUGAACUGCACCCUUACACAAAGAGACUACAUAUACAGUAUUGAACAUGGAGACAACUUUACCGUGACGUUCAACGUGAAAAGUGGUGGGUUCCGAAAUCUGCACAACAUAAACACAAAUAGUAUCUACACAACCAACGUGUAUGACGGCCAUACAGUGUCGGAUACAGUGGAGUUUAAAUUUGACUUUGUGGCCCCGAAGCAUUGUUCCGAACAAGACUCUGGAAGAACGUGUAGAUCAGGAGAAGAACCAGUCACAGUCUACGAAGAUCUUACUAAGAAUCCCAUAACACCACGAUGGUCCGGAUGGUUCGACGAUCUCUCUGGUCUUCUUGAAUACAGACUUGAGGCAUAUCUCCUCGAGCCUAAUAUCCAUGACGAGCUAAUUGAGCUAAAUCCACUGUCUCCUGUUUUCACAUACACUGAAAACGAUACAAACAAUGUCGAAUUUCCGAUAUUUACUCCUCCGAGGUCGGGGAUGUUUUCCAUUUUACUGACAAUCGCCGAUAUGGCUAACAAUACAAAGAUUGCAAGACGUCUAGUUUUGUUUGACGACUCGUCUGAAAUAACAAUUACAAAACCUGGUCUUUUAACGAAAAUGCCAGACGCUGAAGAUGUUGAACAAAUGGUCGUUGGAGACGGGGGGUUAUAUAUUGUCAGUGCUAUAAAGGAUACUGGAUUUUUGUGGCAAACAUCUGAAAAGAAUUCAAAAUCACGGAUUGAAAUCAAUUGGGAAAAUCACUUUAUAAAUAAAUUGCACGACGAUGGAAAACUUCUGAAUAAAGUAUUACCUUACCCGACACAAUUCCAAGACUUGGAAGAUGAUGGAGUUCUCAGAAGCAAAAAAUACGUUGCUAUCGAUGACAAUGAGGGCGAUAGAACAUUAAAGGAGAUACCUAAUAAACAUGGACUGGUCAAAUUUGAACUAAAUCGCGUCUUUACUGACGACAGACAGAUUCCAUUAUUAAACUGGGAGCACAUACCACUGGAAGAGAGCUAUGUCAUCACGGAGCAACUCGACGAUGGGAGUCACGUGAGGAUUUGGCUACGUGCAACUGAUGCCAUGAACAAAACGGCAGUUGAUUACACUGAAGUUCAUGUUGACAACACACCACCCAGAUUAUCCGACCAGCGUCUUCAAGAAAACGUUACAAAUGGGACGUAUACGUACACAUCGAGGGUCACAUUUCAAGCAUCGGACGAUGGUAGUGGGGUUCAUAAGUUGCAAUUGGCUCUUUAUGUCGGAAACAGUUCUACACCAAAGAAAAUUCAUUCUGUUUCAGCAAAUAGAAACGACACUGCAGGCAUCUGUGAAAAAGACCCAUCGUGCAACUGUGUUCUGGAUGUGUGUUAUCGCCUUCAACAAAUAAUCGACUUUGACAACUGCUGGUUUCUCGUCCCAAAGAAAGACCUCAAUAAAUCGGGCAUAGUACAAGUUACGACGUACAACCAGGCAUUGCUAUCAAGAACAUUCAACUUGACGAUUACACACCUGAAUGGAUUAAAUGGCCUUGAAGAAUAUUCCGGACCAACGAACAUUCGAAUUGAAGAGAGAUUGCCAUACGGAGUCAGACUUACUUGGGAUAUACCUGAAACACCUUCAUGCUACGGUAGGGUGGGGAUAGCGCUAGUCGUUUACCUUGGCAACGGACAAACUAGAGUGAUACAUGUUAACAGCGAGCAGAAUUCAGUAGAUGUUGUCGGCCUGGACCCAGACAAAGAGUACACUGUGUCACUGAAAGUUGGAUACGAGGGGACCGAACUGGCUGCUCUACCAUACACUUUUAAAACUGCGGAGAAAGAAAAUCAUCUGCAAGGAGGCAUAAUUGCCGGCAUUGUUGUCAGUGUACUGAUUAUAUUCAGACUGUUGGUGGCAAUUUUUGUGGUCAUGUUAAGAAGAGGUCAUAUGCAGCCGGUACGACGAGGACUUCAUGCAGUAUCGGUCAGGUAUAGAAGAACAAUGGCCGGCAACGACUUUUCCAGAAAAAGCGCUCGGCCUUGUACAAACCCUAUGUACAUCUACGGUGACAUGGACUUCUCGGACCUUGAUUCUUGGCAACUAGCUCGAAUUGACGUCAGCUUGCAAAGCAUAAUGAAGUCAGGGUCGUUUGCUGACAUUUACACGGCUACCAUCGCAAACAACGGCAACACAGCGGUGGCGAAGGUUCUUAAAAAGGGAUUUACAAAACAAGACGAACAUCUAAUGAAAGCCAAAAUCAAUUUCUAUUCUACCGUUGUUGGAAAGCAUGAAAAUGUAAUCAGUCUUAUCGGAGCUGUUGUCGACGACACAGUCAUGGGACCGUUCAUCAUAUUUGAAUAUUGCACCAAUGGACAACCAAGUGACUAUCUUCAGACAAUGAAAUCCAACAUGACCCCGGAGAAACACGAACAUCUAUACAGGUUUGGCCUGGGUGUAGCCCGUGGCAUGGAAUACUUGGCCAGAAAAGAGAUUGUCCAUCGGCGACUAGCAGCACGAAACAUUCUACUGGACAACGCUCGAGAAGUUAAGAUUGCUGGUUUCGGACCCUUGCAAGUGGACGAAGACAAUGGAAAACGUGAGCAUAACCAAUCAAGUGGAUGGCUCCCGAGUGUUUGAAGACAACAAAGGGUGCGACAGAAAAGAGUGAUGCUUGGUCGUACGGCGUCGUGUUAUGGGAAAUAUUUUCUCUCGGUGAUGCUCCCUAUGAAAAUAUGGCAGGAAAAGAAAUCCCAGCAAGACUGAAAUCUGGUUACAGACUUCCUAAGCCAGAACAGUGUGAU